UUACCUCAGCUAGCUCAGGCUAUCUCUCAGAGGAGUCUAGCCUUUUUUGGACAGUCACGUUACUUAAACUACUCCUCUGAUAGAUAGCCUGAGGACGCUGUCCAUCAGCCGCACUGCUCUGCUCUUACUUUCUAGUGUUUUGUGUGUGUGUCUGUCCGUUUGGCAAAAUCACAAUCCAUCAAUAACUACAUCAAAACACGACCUGUGUACUCCAAAAUUCAAUCAAUUGUGUAUUAAAACUGCGCUGAAAUCGUCGUCCAGCCGUCGUUCUCGGGUUUACAGUCGAAUGAGCCUAGAAAACACUCAUUGGAUGCCGUAUAACGCCUUCCUCAGUCAGUAUUCACGUGAAUAUCUCAUUAUUGAGCACAUUUUGUUUCAUAUUCCCCAUGCGAAGCAAGGCGAGCUUUCGAAGGCGGCGUGGAGAGACUGUGGACAUCGCCAGAGAUCUCGUCCACGAUGCUUAUAGCACCACGAGCAUGCUGGCUAUACAGCGGUUGGUCGAAGGUGCAAGAAACGCGCCCGAGGAAGUGCAGAAGGGCAUCAUCCGGGCUGGCCUAGACCGCCAUCUCUACCCAUUCGAGCCUCGUCAGAAGCAGGUUGAUGCUAUAUGGCAUUUAGUAUUCAAGAAAGAGGACCUUCUUCUUGCAGCCAAGACAUCUUUCGGCAAAAGUGUGAUAUUCCAGGCAGGGCCGUUGUUUUGUCGCGGUGGCAUCGCCCUCAUCAUCAUCCCUUUGGAUCGAAUUGGACAGGAGCAGUGUAUCAAAAUCCAAAGGCUUCCGGGCGCGAGAUCCGUGUUCAUCAAUGGCAGAACAGACAAGACCCAGAAAUUAGCCCAAGAGAUUGAAAUGGGAGCGUAUACUCAUAUUAUCAUGGGCCCAGAGAUUGCCGCAGGUUGGUUUCGGUCAAUAGCUAGCAGCCCGACUUUCAAGAAGCGUGUCUGUAUCGUGGCUGUAGAUGAGCUCCAUUUAGUGGCCCUCUGGGGAAGUGGUAUCCGUCCACAGUAUGCACAGCUCUCUCUCCUUCGCCGACGGCUAGGAGGAGGUGUCCCUUGGUUUGGCUGCUCUGCCACCCUGGACCGGACGACAUUAGACACUGCGACAAAAAUGACAGGAUUCCAGGCCAGCUGCGAGUUCUUCCGAUCAUCCAUUGAUAGGCCAGAGAUCAAGUUGAUCGUCGAGAUGAUCCAACCACGGACAACGAAGAGAUUUACAAGCCUCUUCUUUGUUCUGCAGGACGCCAUCAUAAACGGCUCGCCAACGCCGGAACGAAUUCCGAAGACUAUAAUCUUUAUAGACUCCCGACGUGAUAUCCAAAAAUGUGCGGAAUGUCUGCGAGGCUGGCUACAGAAACUCUCAGCUGGGGCCGUCGGGGCCCACGACUGCAAGCAGAUUAUCCAGGUCUACCAUUCACACACUACUCCAAACGACAAGAAUGCUAUAUACGACCAGUUUUCCAAAGCGGACUCUAAGAUCCGAAUUAUGGUGGCCACAGAAUCAUUAGGAACGGGGGUAGAUCUCUCGGAUGUCACACGAGUUGUCCAAUACGGCUUCCCUCUGGAACGACUCUUAUGCGUCCUUAUCCAACGAUUUGGCCGUGCAGCUAGGAUGGCUGGCAUUAAAGGAGAGGCCAUCUUCUUGGUGGAAAGUUGGGCGAUAGGUGACAGGAUCUUAUCGACAAGACCGGCGCUUCUAUCCAGAACUCAGACGCCGUCGUGUUUAAGACGGCCUUCCAACACGAGCCGGUUAGCUCAGUCGUACUCUGCUGAUCCAGGAGUGGGCGGUGACAUCCUAGAUGAUGAAUCGGAUAUUGCCGUAGACGCCAUUAAAUAUGAUAUACCAGGAGAGCAGCACCGACGCAAAACGGAGAGAGAACGCCGAACAGACCUACACGAUGACUGUCCGGCGCUAUUCAAUCUUGUUAAUCGAUCCGCAUGCCUACGCCGAAUCCUAAUGGAUUGGCUACAAGAGAGUCUAUCGGAUCCAGCAUCUAGGUUACCGGCUCCUGAACCGCAGGAGUGCUGUAAUGUCUGUAACCCAGAUCUGGCGCGGGCGGUACCUUUCCCAUGGGAUACCACAACUGGUCUUCGUAAGCCCCAGACUGGAACGGCAUCCGGCGCAUUUUAUGACCGCCUGACCCUCUGGGGAGAUAACGUUGUGAAUUCGGCACAUCGGAUGAUGAAGCCAGAACUCUCAGCACGGUUAUUCGCGCCGAAGGAAGAGUGGAUAUCAAUAUCGAGAGAGUAUACGAACAUCCGCUCGGCUGCUGAGUUGGAGAAGUUUACGAAAUCGGCUUGGAUGAAAGACCAUUCCCAUGAGCUGUUCGAAGAGUUCAAUAAAAUCAAGUCCUAUGUAGUGAGGAACUGGCCCGGACGCUAUACACCAGGAACCGCAGCGGCAGCUCAAGUUCUAAUACGAAGGGCGCCAUUCGAACACGCUCAUCCCACAGUCGAACAGCAAGUAUCUCAACACAGAGGUCGGAAGAGAAGAUUGUCUAUAGAAGCAGAGACUCUGAUAACUCCUGAUCAGGAACGAAGAGUAUUACUCGCGCGUGAGCGAGAAGAGUACGUUUCCUCGCUAGAGCGGAUCAUUGCUCAGGCAAGGGAGGUGUCAGCCUCGUGCUCUUCCCAUCUACCUACCCUACCAAUGACCAUAGUAUCAGCGAACUCGUCAUUUACAUCUAUGGGUAGGUUGAUGACAUCUACAAACGUAGAUUAUUCUUCUGCUAGGUCAGGUGUUCUCGAAGACGGCGAGAAUGAGGUAUCAGGUGUAAUUGAUGGUAAUCGGGCCUUGAAACGUCCCAUAUUAACCCGGGGGGGGGAAGUAGAAACGAAACGGGUCGUCCUCGGCGUUCUAGACUCUAACGCAAGGUGAAGCCCUCGCAACAAGAAAGGGAAUAAUAGCCGCUACAACCACAGCGAGUGGACAUUAUAGAUAGGUUACUCUGACUCGACGUCCGAAGGUAAACCCCAUUCAUGGGCUACAUCUCUGUCUGCCAAGGGCUGGCGACGUCUGUUAGCACGAGACUAGAAACUCCAUGAGCAUGCGCAUACCAAUAUCGCCAUCGUGUCGCUAUUAGGAUCUAAAUCAGCCGUGGCUCCUCUCCUCUCAUAAGGUGGUACGACUAUUCGAUCUUCAUCUCUUAUGACCUUUGCAUUAAACACC